AUGCAAGCAGUUAAAUGUGUCAUAGUUGGCGAUGGAGCUGUUGGGAAAACAUGUCUUCUUAUCAGUUACACCACCAACGCGUUUCCAAAUGAAUACAUACCAACAGUUUUUGACAAUUACAGUGCAACAGUGAUGGUUGACUCAAAACCAAUCAAUCUUGGACUCUGGGACACUGCAGGGCAAGAGGAUUACGACAAAUUGCGCCCAUUGUCAUACCCACAAACAGAUGUCUUUUUGAUCUGUUUCAGUGUUGUCUCGCCGCCUUCAUUCGACAACGUUUCAUCAAAGUGGCAACCCGAAGUUGUUCAUCAUUGCCCCAAGACUCCUUGCCUCCUUGUUGGGACAAAGUUGGACAUGAGAGAAGACAAAGAUCAAUUAAAGCGACUCGAAGAAAAGAAGAUAUCCCCGAUCACCACUGAACAAGGUGAAGCUAAAGCCAAAGACAUCAAUGCAGUGAAGUACAUCGAAUGCUCUGCUCUUACACAAAAGAAUUUAAGACUGGUUUUUGAUGAAGCAGUCAGAGCUGUCAUCUCCCCCAAAAAUGAUGCUCAAUCAAAGAAACAAACUCAAAACAGGUGCAUUUUACUUUAA